CACCGCGAGAUUUUUCUACUAUUACCUUUGCUUGUUGCUUGUGCAGAAGUUACAUUCUUGCUCAAAGAAUUUAUGCUUUUUGUAAUAACAACGCUCAAGACCUUGUGCUCGAAAUCUAUAACUGCCAAUGAACAGUGACUGUGACUGCAUUUCGUGUAUAUGUUACCUACUUUUUAUCAAAGCACGGUAGAGGUAGGCAUAAAUACAUUAGAUUCUCUGCACACAGUGUAGACUAGAUAUUUUCCACAAUUUCUAUAACAUUAGAUAUUAUAUUCGUGUGGCAUUUACAGCUGUUAGUUAUUCUACAUAAUUCCACUUUCAAAGAUUUUCAUACGAAAAUGUAAUGCACCAGUUGAUAUAUAUGUAGCAUAUUCUGGAGAAUACCAUUAAAAUAUCGUGCCAUAAAAUACUUAAAGGCUUUGAACCAUUAAACUGCCAUAAUGCCUGGAUCCAGGGUUGUUUAGUGUCGCUCACAUUUAAAGUAUUAUAAAACUCUUUCAUUUGGAGGAAGAAGGCAAUAAAUAUUGCAUAUUAACUCACGUAUACUUAUUUCAUUAUUGCGUCUACUCGUGCAUGUGCUGGAAAGAGUGUACCACUUAAAACUGUGCAGUGUCAUCCUAAGCAUGCCACUGAUUUCAUACCACAGUCAAAUCGAAACGCAAAUUGAAAAUUUCGUUGAGAACUUCAAGAAAAAUGGCUCUGUUCUCAUUAGCACUUUGAACGUUGAAUCUUAUGGUACCUCUCUGAGAGAAGGAUUCACUCAAUGGACGCCAUCCGACGACAGUGCCACGGAUUAUCCCCGGACAUCUGCAGGAUGUUCUUCAUACGACUCUAGCUGUUCCGACUCGUACUCAUGUGAAGAAGCUGGCAAUAGCGAUAACGCGUCAAUAAUUUUAUGCAAUGCACUUGAAUCUCCUCUCUGUUAUGAAAGAUUCUGGAAUGGAGCUGUAUAUCCAUAUGUUUUAUCACUUGUUAUCUAUAGAGACUUAAAAUAGCAAGAGAUGAUGGAAAGGG